AUGUCCAUGGGGCUCAAUAUAAUCAUCUUCGGACUCUCCAUGGUCUACUUCGGCUACCUCUCCCUCUUCAUUGCGUUCGGCGCGUUAGGCGUCUCCCUCAUCCACAAUAUCACCAUCCUCGCACUCUCCCAUAAAGAGCACAAGGCCGGGCCGGAGGCACUAGCAGGCAAGCUCCCCGCGACGGCGCGGAAAGCGACCAUCAUUUGUGGAUGGUUAAUUAUGAUCGCCUGGGCGGCAGCGGCUGGGAUGACCUGCGCCAUGGUGAUUAUUGUCGGGGGAUGGGCAGAAACCCCAAGGUACAAUGUAAUUGCGGGGCACUUCGAGUGGGUCUUCGAGCUGUUUGAGAUGGUCGUGACGGGGCUCCUGGCGUUGAAGUGCACGCGCGAGCGUCAACAGAUAGUGGGCCUCGCGAAUACGGCGAGGUGGUACCAAUUGGGCAGCUAUAACCUGUAA